UCUCAUUCAGUUGGUCGCUCAUUUUUAUCAACUGAAGUUAGCAGAAUCUUUGGCAUCUUUUCGAAAGUGUCGUGUGGCAGGAACUUGGAUACAUGUUGAAUUUACAGAAAUAACUAAUAUUCGACACAAAAUAACAAUGUCGGAACAUGUGUUACCGGCUGAAGAGCCAAUAAGAUUUGUAGCACCCAUAAUUCAAGACAAUCCUACAGGAUGGGGCCCUUGCGAAAUGCCGGAGCAAUUUAGGGACAUGCCCUACCAACCUUUCAGCAAAGGCGACCGCUUGGGCAAGAUAAGUGACUGGACAAUGGUGCAGGAUAAAAAGUACCAGAAUAAAUACGCAUCUCAGUUCGGGGCCGGUUCGUCGUAUGCGUACUUCCAUGAUGAAGACGAAAGCACCUUCCACCUGGUGGACACCACAAGGGUGCAGAAGCCACCGUACCAGCGUGGCCGUGCUCGCGGACAGCGCGGCCGCGGUGCUCGUGGCGCUCGCACUCCGGGCGGCAUGACCACUCUGAGUAAGCAACGUGACCGCAAGCUCGGUAAGAGAUGGGGCCAGCGUGGUGCUCCUAUGAAGAUUCGCGAUGCGUCUGUGACGGUGCGGCCUACAUGGGUCACCAUUGAGGACAUGGACUUCCCGCGUCUCGCCAAGCUAUCUCUGCCGGGAAUUAAAGAAGGUGAAGACAUUGUGUGCUGCGGUACUCUGGAGUACUACGACAAGGGUUACGAUCGUGUUAAUGUGAAACACGAGAAGCCACUGCAGCGUAUUGACCGUAUCUUCCAUACGGUGACUACCACCGAUGACCCUGUGAUCCGUCGUCUCAGCAAGACUACGGGCACGGUGUACGCUACCGACGCCAUCCUCGCCACCAUCAUGUGCUGCACGCGCUCCAACUACUCCUGGGAUAUUGUCAUUGAAAAGAUUGGCGACAAGCUGUUCCUGGACAAGCGCGACAACACUGAGUUCGACUUGCUGACGGUGAAUGAGACGUCCGUGGAGCCGCCCGCCGACGACGGCAACUCUAUCAACUCGCCGCGCAACCUCGCGCUCGAGGCCACGUUCAUCAACCAUAACUUCAGCCAGCAGGUGCUUAAAUCUGGCACGAACGAACCGAAGUACAAGUUCCCUGAGGCGAAUCCGUUCGUAUCUGAAGAGGAGGAUGGGGAAGUGGCAUCCGUCGGCUACCGGUACCGCAAGUGGAACCUUAACAAUGGCGUUGUGUUGGUGGCUAGAUGCGAACACGACGCGGUGAUGCAAGGCCCUCAGAACGAGACGCAGUUCCUGACGAUCAAGGCGCUGAACGAGUGGGACUCGAAGCUGGCCAACGGCGUCGAGUGGCGACAGAAGCUGGACACGCAGCGCGGCGCGGUGCUCGCCAACGAACUCAGGAACAACUCCUGCAAGCUCGCCAAGUGGACUGUGCAGGCGCUCCUAGCCGGCUCGGACCAGAUCAAGUUCGGGUACGUGUCCCGAUCGCAGGUGCGCGACAACUCGCGGCACGUGAUUCUCGGCACGCAGCAGUUCAAGCCGCACGAGUUCGCCGCGCAGAUCAACCUCUCCAUGGACAACGCCUGGGGCAUCCUGCGCUGCAUCAUCGACAUAUGCAUGAAGCAGAAGGAUGGUAAAUACCUGAUAAUGAAGGACCCGAACAAGCCGCUGAUCCGUCUGUACGACAUUCCGGACAACACUUUCGAGUCGGACGCGUCCGAGGAAAGCGGCGACGAGCCCGCAGACACACCUUUCGCACCCCUCUACUCCUACGGGAACGCCAAGAGAAUCUAGAACUAUCUAGAUAGGGUCUAAACAGAACACGCCAUUCCCCCAGCUCUAUAGUCGAAAUUGUUUCUUCCACAUCGGUCAUAAUUAAAAAGCAAUAAGUUUACAGUGUCAAAUAUGUUUGUACUUUUAUUCAAAUUACAAUUUUAUAGUCACAGA